UCUGAGGAAUUUAAUUUCCUCUGUGAAUAUUAUUAUUAUUUGGCUUUGGAUUUUGUCGAUUUUUCAUCAAAAUUGAGCCAAAGGAAUCAGUUGAUCUGAGUGGAGAUUGGCAUGGAAAGAGAUGAAGAAACAGCGACGACCAGCCAAAGUGGUGGUGCAACAGAAUCGAAAGGGGAGGAUCAGAAGGUGCCACUGUACAAGCUGUUCAGUUUUGCAGACAAGAUCGAUGUCGUUUUGAUGAUUGUAGGGACAGUAGCUGCCACUGCCAAUGGACUGUCUCAGCCUCUCAUGGCUCUCAUUUUUGGACAACUUAUUAACUCUUUUGGCUCUGCUGAUCAAUCCAGUGUUGUGCAUCAUAUUUCAAAGAUAUCACUAAGGAUGGUUUUCUUAGCCAUUGGUUCAGGCGUCGCUUCCUUGCUACAGGUGUCAAGUUGGAUGGUAACAGGAGAAAGACAAUCAGCUCGCAUCCGAAGUCUCUACUUAAAAACAAUACUGAGACAGGACAUUGCCUUCUUUGAUACUGAAACAACGACAGGCGAAGUCAUUGGAAGAAUGUCGGGUGACACUGUUCUCAUUCAAGAUGCAAUGGGUGAAAAGGUUGGGAAGUUCAUACAACUAGCGUCAACAUUUUUAGGGGGAUUUGUAAUUGCUUUUGCAAGAGGAUGGCUUCUUGCUUUAGUUCUACUAAGUUGCAUUCCUCUUCUUGUACUUGUUGGAGGAUUCAUGGCAAUACUCAUGUCAAAAAUGUCAAGCCGUGGACAAAUUGCUUAUGCAAAAGCAGGAAAUGUAGUAGAACAGACCAUUGGAGCCAUUAGAACAGUUGCAUCCUUCACAGGGGAGAAACAUGCAAUUAAGAACUAUAAUGAAAAAAUAGAGAUAGCAUAUAAAGCAACUGUUCAACAAGCAGUGGCCUCAGGCUUAGGGAUUGGAACAAUGUUGCUUGUUAUAUUCUGCACUUAUGCCUUGGCCGUAUGGUAUGGAUCCAAAUUAAUCAUGAGUAAAAAUUACAAUGGUGGACAAGUUAUCACUGUUAUUAUGUCAAUUAUGACAGGAGGAAUGUCACUGGGUCAGACUUCUCCAUGCUUGAAUGCAUUCGCAGCAGGGCAAGCUGCAGCAUACAAGAUGUUUGAGACCAUCAAUCGAGUACCCACAAUCGAUUCCUACGACACGAGUGGGACAGUAUUGGAGAACAUCAAUGGGGAGAUUGAACUAAGGGAUGUGUACUUCAGAUACCCUGCUAGGCCUGAUAUUCAGAUAUUCAAUGGAUUUUCACUGCAUAUUCCAAGUGGCAAAACUGCAGCUUUAGUUGGUCAUAGUGGAAGUGGGAAGUCAACAGUUAUUAGCCUUGUUGAGAGAUUUUAUGAUCCUGAUUCUGGUGAAGUGCUUAUAGAUGGUGUUGAUUUGAAGAGGUUGAGGCUUAGUUGGAUAAGAGAGCAGAUAGGACUAGUGAGUCAGGAACCUAUAUUAUUUGCAACCAGCAUAAAAGAGAACAUAGCAUAUGGCAAAGAAAAUGCAACUGAUCAGGAGAUUAAAACUGCAAUUGAACUCGCUAAUGCUUCCAAAUUCAUCAAUCAAAUGCCUGAGGGGCUAAAGACUAUGGUAGGAGAACAUGGUACUCAAUUAUCAGGAGGCCAAAAGCAAAGAAUUGCUAUAGCAAGGGCAAUUUUGAAGAAUCCAAAGAUUCUCCUCCUUGAUGAAGCAACAAGUGCAUUAGAUGCUGAGUCUGAAAGAAUUGUCCAAAAUGCACUAGAUAAUGUUAUGACCAACAGGACAACUGUCGUCGUUGCACACCGUUUAACCACAGUUCGGAAUGCUGAUAUUAUUGCCGUAGUGCAUUUGGGCAAACUCGUGGAGAAAGGAACUCAUGAGGAGUUGAUACAAAACCAGGAGGGAGCAUACUCUCAACUAGUUCACCUGCAAGAAGGAGCCAAGGAAUCAGAACAUUCUCAACAAGUAGAUGCUGAAGCUUCAGAAAUAGAGAAGUCAAUGUCUAGGUCAGGAAGCCAGAAAAUGAGGAGAUCUUUGAGUAGAUCUCUGAGUAGAGCUUCAUCAGGAAGCAGACAUUCUUUCACUAUUAAUACCUUAGGCUUAGGUUUGCUUACUGAUGUUAAUAUCCACGAGACAGAAGAGCAGGAGGAGAACAUUGCAGAAGAGAAGCAGCAGCAGACAAUUCAAGUUCCCAUGAAACGUCUUGCCUACCUGAACAAGCCUGAAUUGCCAAUUCUCUUGGUUGGAACUAUUGCUGCAGCUGUACAUGGGACAAUUUUCCCAGUAUUUGGUAUUGUGCUAUCAACUGCCAUUAAAGUGUUCUAUGAGCCUCCAGUGAAGCUGAAAAGAGAUUCCAAGUUCUGGGCAGUGAUCUAUAUUUGCAUCGGAUUCGUUGCUUUAAUAUCUCUAUCUGUGCAGAACUACUUCUUUGGAAUUGCAGGGGCUAAAUUGAUUCAACGAAUUCGUUCCAUGACAUUUGAAAGAGUUGUACAUCAAGAAAUCAGCUGGUUUGAUGAUCCUGCAAAUUCCAGUGGAGCAGUUGGGGCAAGAUUGUCAACCGAUGCUUCAACAGUUAGGAGUAUUGUUGGUGAUGCCUUGGCCCUAGUCGUCCAAAAUGUAACAACAAUCCUAGCAGCAUUGAUUAUAGCCUUCACAGCUAACUGGAUUCUGGCACUUAUAAUUCUUGCUAUCUCACCCUUGCUACUGAUUCAAGGGUUCAUUCAGGCAAAGUUUAUGAAGGGGUUCAGCGCGGAUGCUAAUCUGAUGUAUGAAGAAGCAAGUCAGGUGGCAAAUGAUGCAGUUGGAAGCAUUAGAACUGUUGCAUCAUUUUGUGCUGAGAAGAAAGUGAUGGAGUUAUACCAAAAGAAAUGUGAUGGUCCUGUAAAAAAAGGAGUUCGGCUCGGACUUGUCAGUGGUGCAGGUUUUGGCUUCUCGUUCUUUAUACUCUAUUGCACAAAUGCAUUCUGUUUCUACAUUGGAUCUAUUCUUGUACAAAAUGGGAAAGCAACAUUUGUAGAAGUUUUCAAAGUAAGAUAUGAAUUGGCCUCUUACUGUUUUCCUGGUUUUUUUUCCCUUGUUUUCAACUUACCUUCAAAAUUUCUCCAGGUUUUCUUCUCGUUGACAAUUGCAGCAGUCGGGGUUUCACAAUCCAGUGCAAUGAGUCCAGACAGUAGCAAAGCCAAGGAUUCAGCAGCUUCAAUAUUUUCCAUUAUUGACAGAAAGUCCAAAAUUGACUCGAGUAGUGAUGCAGGCACCACACUUGCACAUAUAAGGGGUGAUAUUGAGCUUGAACAUAUCAGUUUCAAAUAUCCAUUGAGACCCCAUGUUGAAAUUUUCAGAGACUUAUCACUUAGUAUCCCCUCUGGAAAGACAGUUGCUUUGGUGGGGGAGAGCGGCAGUGGAAAAUCAACAGUAAUUGGCCUACUAGAGAGAUUUUAUGAUCCUGAUUCUGGUCGUGUAUUUAUAGACAAUGUGGAAAUCAAGCAAUUCAAACUAAGCUGGCUGAGACAACAAAUGGGAUUAGUAGGCCAAGAACCAAUACUCUUCAAUGAAACCAUCCGAGCAAAUAUUGCUUACGGCAAGCAAGGAGAUACUACUGAGGAAGAGAUAAUUGCUGCAACAAAAGCAGCAAAUGCUCACAACUUCAUUAGUUCAUUACCACAGGGCUAUGAAACCUCCGUGGGUGAACGAGGAACGCAAUUAUCUGGUGGGCAAAAGCAGAGGAUAGCAAUUGCAAGGGCAAUAGUGAAGAAUCCAAAAAUUCUUUUGCUUGAUGAGGCAACAAGCGCAUUAGACGCAGAAUCAGAGCGUGUAGUACAGGAUGCAUUAGAUAAAGUUAUGGUGAGCAGAACCACUGUAGUUGUUGCUCAUCGGCUCACCACCAUUAAAGGGGCUGAUAUUAUAGCUGUGGUGAAGAAUGGGGUGAUUGCUGAGAAAGGGAAGCAUGAAGCUUUAAUGCAUAUCGCCAAUGGAGCUUAUGCUUCCUUGGUUGCACUUCACAUGAGCUCAACGUGAAAGAGAAUAGUUUUCGCACGACAAAAUCAGCCGCUUCCAAGCUCAGCUCCUUCUCCGUUUCUGCACUGAAAGGAUGUGUUGCCUCCAAGAGAUAACCAAGAUUUUACAUUUUAUGUCCUGUGGCUGAAAAAUUUUACAGUCUAAAUUUUGAGAGAAAACAGAAAUGAAAGAGAGUUAUGCACUGUGGAAAAAUUCUUGCAUGCACAUGUUGUACCGACACAUUAUCUGAA